CAUCACGAUCAUGCCGUUCAUAAUCGCGAACUAACAACAGCGAACGGUUUCCAUUGGGAAAUCCGCAUUGUAGAGCUACCAUGUACUUAUCACGUAUUCCAAGAGUAAACGUUAUCGAUAUCUGGACUUUUCUCUGGCUGAGUAACAUCGGUCAUUGCCGCGUCUACAUUCCGGUCAACUUGACCGUUCCGGCGGAGGUUCUGGAUGUGAACAUUUACGAACUGCCGUCCAAUGCCAGCAAUUCCGAUCAAAUCCUCAUCUCAUCACCGAAUUAUCCCGACAAUUAUCCCGAUGAUACGCGGGUGGCCUACUGGAUUAAAGCCAACGGUCGGCCGAUUCAAAUUACUAAGAAAGCCUUUUCGUUGCAACCCAAACUGGAAAACGGGACUUGUCUGGUGGAUUAUCUGGCUAUCUGGGAUUUACGAUAUUCCUACUACCCCAAACUGAUCACGUGUGAAAACGGAGACGCUUUUCCAUUUUAUUCGUACAGUGAUUCCGUGAUGAUGCUGUUCGUGUCGGAUAGUGCCAGGAAUUUCUCCGGUUUCCAGCUGAACGUGCAAGUGAGCCAACGCUGUGGAGAGGACGCUCUGACCUGUCCCAGUGACAAAACUAAGUGCGUGCAGCCAGAUUACAUUUGUGACGGGCGUCCGGAUUGCCCGAAAGGGGAAGAUGAGAUCUGUAGUCUGAAAUGCGGCAUUCCCAAUACGCAGGCACGUGAGCAGACCCGCAUCGUCGGAGGAACCGAGGCGGUUAAGAACGCGUGGCCCUGGCAGGCAUUUGUGAAAGCAAUCCCAAGCAAUGGCGUGUGCGGUGGAUCCCUGAUUGCACCCGGCUGGAUUGCAACAGCUGGACACUGCUGUGUUACCGGCAAAACGCCACAGGAGCGGAGAACCCUGCUUCCCAGCGAGCUAUCGGCCCGACUGGGUUUCCACAGUUGCAAAGAUCCCAACGAUGGGCUGACGGUGGCGGUGGAUAAGGUCAUGGUGCCGGGCACGUACGCCCAGUAUCGGUGGGGAGUCAGUUUCGACUACUGUCUCCUGAAACUAAAUGAGACGGUGGAGUUGUCGCCGACCAUCCAGACCAUCUGUCUGCCGCGGCCCUUCACCGGUCCGCAGCCGCAGCAGAUAUGCACGGCCACCGGCUGCGGCUCCAUCCAGCAGACCACAGGCGACGAGCCCACACCGCCCAUCAUCCUGGCCGACAACUUGAUGGUGGUCAAUCUGACCGUCAUCGACAGCACGGAAUGCUACCGGAAAUUCGCCAAAUUAUCCCCGGAAAUGCUGUGCACACAUGAGAAGGACCGGGACGUGUGUCAAGGUGACAGCGGUGGGCCACUGGCCUGUACCAGCCGGACACCCAACCAAUUCCAGUUGGCUGGACUCGUCUCCUUCGGCCGUGGAUGCGCAUCACCGGUCCGUCCGGCCGUGUACGCCGACGCGCGUCGUCUGCUGCCAUUUCUGGCCAACCGGGUGUAUGAGGAGAAAAAAUGGGGCUGGUACGACGAUACCGCCGUACCUCUCAUCGACCACACCGCGAGUCUCCGCCCCUUCUACACCCCGCGGAUUGUCGCCACCCAAACCGAGAGCAGGGGAAGCAUUUGGCGCGUAGCCUUCCGUGGGACUGUUAUUCAGCUGGCGAUGCUCUCGCUGUUGACUACUGGCAUACCUGUUCGUGUAUUUGGAUGCAUAUGGCUCUGAGUGUAUAUUAAUAAGUUUGCGGGUCAGCAGUCUCCGUAAUGGAGUUUGGCUACUGUAGUACGAUAAUAAUAAUCAUACAUUUAAUGUUAAUUGCCUAUAGCCUGGUGGUAGUACGUCUGGCUUUAAGAUUGUAUGUCCUGGGUUCGAUUCCUAGGUGGGUAACUUUUAUCUCAUAAAAUCAAACCAAAAAAAGUAUAAAAUUUUCAAAAUAAACAAAAAAAUUUUCCAAUAGCCUGGUUUGCCCAACGGUUUUCACCUGAGGGUAAUAAGUCUCCGUAAUGGAGUUUGGCUACUGUAGUACGAUAAUAAUAAUAAUAAUA